AUGUCAAAACCUCCUUCUCUUUGGUCUGAUUGGCACUGGAACAAGCACCUGCAGGAACGCUCCUUUUGGACCAUCGAACCGUCAACUACUGACUCUUGGGCUUGGAGAAGACUACUGAAGCUCCGCGAUCUGGCCCUUCAGUUUUGCAAAGUGUCGCUAGGUAAUGGGAAGAGUGCAAGUUUUUGGUUCGAUUCUUGGUCACCUCUCGGUCAGCUCAUUACACACAUCGGGCCGCAAGGCCCUAGAGCUCUACGGUUGAGACAGGACGCUGUAGUAGCAGAUGCGCUUCAAGACUCAACUUGGAUUCUUCCACAUCCAAGAUCACAACAAGAAGUGGACCUUCACUCUUAUCUUACAACCAUUUCUCUGCCUUUGUCCCCUGAUAUUGAUGAUAUCUAUGAAUGGAUUGCUGGUGAUUCUCCUUUGCGUGUUUUCAGGUCCUCAACGACAUGGGAGAUUUUAAGGCCAAGACAAGAGGAAGUGGACUGGCAUGAUGUUGUAUGGUUCAAGGGAGCGAUACCCAAGCACUCUUUCACGAUGUGGGUGGCCAACUACGACAUACUGCCCACUAGGAGCAGGCUAGCGACUUGGGGAAUGGCCAUCACUACUGACUGCCCCUUCUGUUCGAGGAGCAUAGAAACCAGAGAUCACUUGUUCCUGCGAUGCGAGUACAGCCUUGAUGUUUGGAGAGAGGUUUUCAUCAGAUGUCAUCCUCCGGUGUCAACCUUUACGGAUUGGUCAGAACUCCUAUCUUGGAUAAGAGCUGUUGGGCCUGCGAAGCUGAAGCUCAUGCGGAAGCUUGCUACUCAAACGGUCAUCUUUCAUCUUUGGAAACAAAGAAACAAUUUAAUCCAUAACCAAAUCUCAUUCCCGCCUGCAUCAGUGUUCUAUUUUGUUGAUAAGGAGAUGAGAAACAUUAUUUCAGCUAGGAAGCAUAGGAAUCAAUUCCAAUCGCUCAUGGCUUCUUGA